CAACUUACUUUCGCUCACUAAUACAGCUUUCAAGCUCUCUAAACCUCUUCCGCUUUCAAAAGCACCAACUCAGACGAAAUGGCCGACGUCGCUGCCCCCGCCCCGGCUAAGAGCCCCGCUGCCAAGAAGGCCGCCAAGGCCAAGAAGGUCGCGACCCACCCUCCCUACAUUACCAUGGUCUCUGAGGCCAUCCUGGCCCUGAAGGAGCGCGACGGCAGCUCUAUCCCGGCCAUUAAGAAGUGGAUUGACGCCAAGUAUGGCAAGGACAUCCACGACAAGAACUACCCCAAGACCCUGUCGCUGACGCUCAAGACCUUUGUCAAGAGCGGCAAGCUCAUCAAGGUCAAGAACAGCUUCAAGCUGUCCGAGGAGGUCAAGAAGGCCGCCAAGAAGGCCGCUACCCCCAAGAAGGCCGCCGCCCCCAAGAAGGAGGGCGCCGUCAAGAAGACUAAGGCCCCCAAGAAGGAGGGCGAGAAGAAGCCCAAGUCCGCCAAGAAGGCCGAGAAGAAGCCCAAGAAGGAGGGCGAGAAGAAGAAGGCCGCCAAGCCCGCCAAGGCUGAGAAGAAGCCCAAGGCUGCCAAGCCCGCCAAGAAGACCCCCACCAAGAAGGCCGCCGCCAAGCCCAAGGCCGAGAAGAAGCCCAAGGCCGCCGCCAAGCCCAAGGCUGAGAAGAAGCCCAAGGCUGCCAAGCCCAAGGCCGAGAAGAAGGCCAAGGCUGCCAAGCCCGCCGCCAAGAAGUCCGCCGAGAAGAAGCCCAAGGCUGCCAAGAAGGCCUAAGUGCCUUGCGCUCUCCCCUCGGGGUCCCUUAAAACAAACCGGUGUUUCUCAACACCACCUUUCUGUCGGGUCUCAAAACACUUUUUGCUAGGUUGCUAAGCUGUGCCCGAGCAACUGCCGCAGGGGUGGUGUGCCAACUGUUGAAUGUGGGAAGAAGCCAGGGUGGGGUAGAUGGCACUGGAGGGUUUGGGCACGCCUUCAGCCGGUUUCCCUGUUAUUAAGUAUGUUGCACCGGUCUAGGACAAUGGUCAUGAAUGCAUCAGGGUGGAUCGUCGAGCGGGCGCCAACAUCCGCAUGGCACGAUUUGCCCGGGCUUUCCGGCGCGUUGCACUGCCCGCAUUCUGGCGCGACCGAGCUACAGUACCGAAGGCACCAUCCGUCUGGUUGGUGAUGGAGCACGGAGGUCACCGGAUACCC